AUGUCCUUUGCACUGAAAUGCUCCCUAAGCUGUGGCUCACAUGUCUCCCAGGCGCAUGACACGCACAACACUUGCUGCAUGCUCGACAAGAAAGCCCGGGAUGGCAACGAUGCGGCAGGGAACCCGAUUGGUGCCGCGUCCCUUGCGGCCGCGCGAAAGAUCGCAGGGAAGUCUGCAGAGGAGAUGCCAGACCGUGACGACCUGCUGACCCCAUGGUGCACUUGCUUCGGCUCACAGGUAUGUGGCCACUACGCAAGCAAGACGGGCACCAAAGUGAAGCUUGGGCGCAAGUGGCAUUCACAUGCCGGUGAUUGGCAGUGA